AAUGAAACUGUUUUCAGUAGUUUUUUUCUUCCCUCCCUCAGGGAACAGCCUAUCUUCAGCACUCGAGCUCAUGUCUUCCAGAUUGACCCAAACACAAAGAAGAACUGGGUCCCACCAGCAAAGCAUGCAGUCACUGUGUCUUACUUUUAUGACAGCACAAGAAAUGUGUACAGGAUAAUCAGUUUAGACGGCUCAAAGGCAAUAAUAAAUAGCACCAUCACUCCAAACAUGACAUUUACUAAAACAUCUCAAAAGUUUGGCCAGUGGGCUGAUAGCCGGGCAAACACUGUUUACGGAUUGGGAUUCUCUUCUGAGCAUCAUCUUUCAAAAUUUGCAGAAAAGUUUCAGGAAUUUAAAGAAGCUGCUCGACUCGCAAAGGAGAAGUCGCAAGAGAAGAUGGAACUAACCAGUACACCUUCACAGGAGUCCGCAGGAGGAGACCUUCAGUCUCCUUUAACCCCAGAAAGCAUAAAUGGCACGGAUGAUGAACGGACACCGGAUGUGACACAGAACUCGGAGCCAAGGACUGAGCCAGCUCAGAAUGCGCUGCCGUUCUCACAUAGUACCCGUUCAACUCAGCAAUCAUGAUUCAGUAGGAUGUGCAAAUAUCAGAAUGCGCUGCCGUUCUCACAUAGGUACCCGUUCAACUCUCAGCAAUCAUGAUUCAGUAGGAUGUGCAAAUAUGGAGGCUUAUUUGGUUCAGAAACUCUUGAGUGGAAAGCCCAGGUCAGACUUCUUUAAUUAAUUUGUUGUUUUUGGUUGCUCAAAUUGACUGAAUGAAUAUUUUCAUUAUCUGUGUGGAAAAAGGAUAGUGAGUUAAUUAUACAAGAAACUUUUUCAAUGGAACAAAACAUAAAUCCCCUUUUGGGGGUUUGUUUGUUUCAAGACAGGGUUUCUCUGUGUAACAGCCCUGGCUGUCCUGGAACUUGUUCUGUAGA